ACUAACAAUUAAGCAAAUAAUAACAUUAUAUCAAACUCUUCAUCCACUCAUGGAAGAGUUUCAUUUCAACUCUUUACACUCUCUCUUUGCUUUAUUUUUCUUCAUCAUCUUCUUCUUCAAGGCAAUAAAAAAAAGAGCUACUAAGCCCUCAACCACAAAUCUACCACCAGGGCCAUGGAAAUUGCCCAUUAUUGGAAAUGUUCACCAACUUUUAGGUUCAUUACCUCAUCAAUCCCUUCAAAAAUUAUCCGGAAAAUAUGGACCGUUGAUGCAUUUAAAACUCGGUGAAGUUUCCACUGUAAUAGUUUCUUCGCCUGAAAUUGCCAAACAAGUCCUGAAAACUCAUGAUUUAGAUUUUGCAGAAAGACCUCCUAACCUUGCUCCUAAAAUAAUCUCUUAUGAUUCUACAAAUAUUGUUUUUUCUCCAUACGGUGCUUAUUGGAGACAGCUGCGGAAGAUUUGUACAAUGGAGCUUUUAAGUCCAAAGCGAGUUCAAUCCUUUCGGUUUAUUAGAGAAGACGAGGUUUUGAACCUAAUAAAAACCAUAUCAUCUCUUGAAGGGUCACUAAUCAAUAUUAGUGAAAUGAUUUUUUCAUUAACGUAUGGGAUUACAUCGAGAGCUGCUUUUGGAAAAAAAUAUGAAGAUCAAGAAACUUUUAUACAAGUUAUUACAGAAGUUUCAAAGAUUGCAGCUGGUUUUAGUGUUGCAGAUUUGUAUCCUUCCAUUAAAUUUCUUGAACAGGCAAGUGGGCUUAGGCCUAAACUAGGAAAACUGCAUGAAAAAGCAGAUGGGAUUCUCGAGAGGAUAGUGAAAGAGCAUAGGAACAAGAUGAAUAGAAGUGAGGAAAUAGAAGAAGAUGAUGACUUGGUGGAUGUUCUUCUCAAGCUUCAAGAACAUGGUGAUCUUGAAUUUCCUCUUUCCGAUGACAACAUUAAGACAGUAAUCUUGGACAUGUUUAGCGCUGGAAGUGAGACAUCAUCAACAACAGUGGAGUGGGCAAUGUCUGAAAUGCUGAAAAAUCCAAGAAUAUUAGAAAAGGCACAAAAUGAGGUAAGACAAGUAUACAAGAACAAAGGGACUGUAGAUGAAACAAGCAUUCAUGAGUUGAAGUAUCUAAACUCUAUAAUCAAGGAGACCCUGAGGCUACAUCCUCCCCUGCCCCUAAUACCAAGAGAGAGUAGAGCAAGAGUUGAGAUUAUUGGAUACGAUAUACCUAUCAAGACGAAAGUUCUUGUAAAUGCGUGGGCAAUUGGACGAGAUCCCAAGAAUUGGACAGAACCUGAAAAUUUCUGCCCAGAAAGGUUUCUUGAUAAUGCGAUCAGUUAUAAAGGGACAGACUUCGAGUUUAUUCCUUUUGGUUCUGGAAGAAGGAUAUGUCCAGGCAUUUCAUUUGCUCUACCAAACAUUGAGUUGCCACUUGCACAAUUGCUCUACCAUUUUGAUUGGAAACUUGGAAAUGGAAUGAAGAAUGAAGACUUGGACAUGACUGAAGGGUAUGGCUUAACAAUCAGAAGAAAACAAGAUCUCUUCUUAGUUCCUAUAAAACAAGAUCUCUUCUUAGUUCCUAUGUAUCCUGUAAAUAGUGAAAUAAACCGGUCUAGCAAUUAA